AGAAAUUGUGUGCUCGAGUUUGGCACCUGUGUCACAAUCUAUGGAACCCCACGCUGCAUGAGAAGUUCAGUCUGUAUCACACUGAGCACUUCUGUGCCUGCCAAGGUAGCAUUAGGACAAAGUAACGAUGAUACCAUUACCAUGCAUCUCUAGAGAUCUUUAUUCUCUCUGUUCCCUCAUGUCAGGGAUGAGCCGGUGUCUGUCCGCGGAGCCCUGCGGACUGGAGCUCAGCGACUGGAGAGCAGCAGCCCUUUUGCAUGCCCUAACCACCAGGAUGCCCUGAGCGCCGGGAUGCCCUGAGCACCAGAGUUACAGCCAUCAGCCUGAGGCACACAGCUGGUCCUCCCGGCAGCGAGGGCAAAACGGCACUCACACUGCAAGUGUGCUCAUCGUUCUCAUUCUUGAUACUUUUAAGGGAUGUUACUGUUUUCUGUCUGAGAAUCCUAAAUGCCUACACCCAUUUUAGUAGUCAGUUUUCUUUCUGCAAGCAUUUGGCAUCAUGCACAUCACAGGACACAGGACUGCUUUCUGUACAAAGAAUUAAGUUACUCGUGUUUCUGAAUUGUUUUGUUUUGUUUUGUUUUAAACUACAAGAGAUAGUGUUGCUUCUGACAGCUAACAGAUGACAGGGAAGCAUGAGUCCAAAGGUAGGAAUGUCACUCAGAAGGGAGCAGGAUAUUAGAGAAGGACAGCAGCAGCAGUCGAUUCUGAGACCUGAUGUUUUCAUUCCUAACAUUGAGCACUUCACUCAGCCUCCCAGUUUAGACAUGUAUUUACUCUACUCCAUCUGCAUUCCACGGAGAGACAGAGAGAGAUGCUUCCAGUUGCAACUUGGAUUUAGGAUAGCCUUAAAGUUGCCUGUUGCAGACAGGCUUAGAGUCGGGAUUAACAAACAGAUCGAUAACAAAGUUGCACAGGAUGCCGUGUUUCAGAAACUUGCUCUGGAACAGGCAAAUGCAUACUGCCAAAAGAUACUAGGGGCUGUGCGGAACCCCACAGUAGCAGAAAUGGUGCAAGCUUGCAACAAUGUGGGAACGCAGGCUCACGCAUUUGCUUCCCUAGCUGAAGCGAGAGUCCCUUGCCCCGCAAGAAUGCUGUUUUUGUUGUGGGCAAACCGGUCACAUAAGAAAGAAUUGUCCUCAGAAACCCAGUCAAACCAACCACCUGUCUGUCGCCGCUGCAGAAAGGGCUCACAUUUUGCAAGAGAUUGUCACUCUAGGUUUGCCAAGGAAGGCCACCUGCUGCAACCGAGAGGAAAUGGGAGUGUCGGGAAACUUCCAGUGCAGCACUCAAGGGAACAGCGCGAUGACAGAAAAAGUUCCUGCAGCCAACCUCAGCACCUGGUACCCAUCUCCUCUCUCAACCCCCAUACCUCAGACAGCACCGGAGUCGAUUUAGCAGCUGCAAUGACCGUAAUUCUACUUGACUCAAAGGUACAAAUUGACUUAUUGAAGGGAGAUCUAGACCUGACAUCACCUCGACAGCUGACUCCAGAAGCCAGUGCAGCUCUGCGCAUCAUGGAACAGAAAUUAAAUUCACAACAGGGACAUCGACGCCUUCAAAAUGAACCUGUGACACUUGUCAUCAUAAAAGGACCCCGACAGCCCUAUGGGCUAAUAGGUCAGCUAUACCAGAACAACACUGCAUUUUGUUUAUGGGAAUGGGUUUUUCUAUCUCACCAGUUUUCGAAGACAGUUACCACACUGCCAGAAAUGAUUUCUAAGCUAUGUUAUAAGGGUUGUGUUAGAUGCUGGGAACUCACGGGCACCGAUCCCGAAACAGUGUACUUGCCUUUAACCACAGAGCAUUUAGAACAAUUGCAGACACUCUGUUUUGAUUUUCAAAUUGCUUUAAUUGAUUAUCACGGUCAAUUAAAUAUCCAUUUGCCAACUUGUGCUUUUUUACAGAGGCUUAACCAAAUUCCCUUGAAGAUGAGAACUCAUUGGUCUGCAAUUCCACUUCAAGAUGCCCAAACGAUUUUUACAGAUGGGAAAACAGGUAACGCUGUAAUAGUUUGGCAAAAGGAUGGCCAGUGGCAACAAGACAUUCAUAAAGUUCAGGGUUCACACAAAUUGUCGACUUGUCUGCAGUUGUUUGGGCACUGUCUUUGUUUACAGGAGCUUUAA